GGACAAUUUGAGAAGUCACGUUGUUCAUGAUUCUAGGCAAUCAGGAUACGAAGCGACGACAUUCAACUCCGUCAAGAACAAAUUAUCCCCGAACAACUUACUCACUCGAACAGAAAUACUGUCAAACCAGAGUACUACAGCUUCAGCCCACCACUUCGGUGAUUCGGGAUUUAAACCACGGGCUCCGGGGGGUCAGCGGGUCUCGGCCUUGAAGAAGGUGUCCCCCGACUCCGCCUCAAGCAGCGGUUAUGACAGUGAGGUCAACACGUCAGCAAUCAAGACAUUUUUCCAAGGCAUCGACUGUGUGAGCAACAACGAGUACAUUCGCCAAGUGCUGACCCGCUCGAGUGUCCAGCAGCUUCGACUUUUGUUCGGACACGAGGACGACCAUCAGGAAUCGGUGAAGCCUCAAAGUCCGCUUGAUACCGGGGUGUUGACGUCAUCGCCGAAAUCCCGUUGGCGGUCUGACGGGGAUUUCAACGAUUAUGACGUCAGUGACAUACAUAACUGUUCGACUGAUAGCAACCCGAAGUCUCGGUCGCCUGUUGGGGAUCCAACGCGUCGUAUCCAUCAAGACGGUUUGCAUGUGAGUUCAUCGAGUAGCUGUCAAGUCAAACUAAACAAAGAGGCUGACAGUUCUUCUAUCGCUUCUUUUCAUAACGGGUUUCCCGAGUGUUGUUCGCACGACUCUCCCAGGCAAUAUCUCGGCACUGAAUCUAUAGAGGAAUACAAUCGUCACGCCCCAUGGCCGUUGCAGUGUACUCCCUGUGAAGACUGGUUAGAAAAUUGUGAUCCGUCGCCAGGGAAAGCGUUGUGUCCGCAAACGACAGAAGAAAAUUUCCAUUCUAGUGUUGGCAACGACGUUAAGGGUGUCAAUACAGGAAGCGGUUUAUCUUACAUCAGGGCCCUUGUCGUAUCCGAAGCAGAAGCUGAGAUGCUGGCGUCAAAGGGAAUUCGGAUAUACGAGAGUGGCGAGGACUAUGUGGCAAUGGUCAGCCCAGUCAAAUCACCGCUGCACAAGUCUCUAUCGUCGCCGCAGUUUGUAUGGGAGGGUAUGACCUACCUCAUCAUACCGACCGUUUUAGACUCACUGGGAACAUCAGCUGUUCAGAACGACAGCUCAGCAGCUCAACAUGGAAACAACAACAACAACAACCCAGACCUAUUCACCCACAGAAGCGUCAGCGACAGUGGCGCCACUGGGCAUUUCCUCGACAACGCCAGGAGCAGCAUGAAUGACGCCCCAGCUAACAACGAAAGCGAUGUCUAUCUUACGAUGAUGUCAUCAGCCAGCGGAAAGCUCACCGAACAAAACCGCGCCAUGUCUGUCGAAGUUCUCUGCACAAAAGAAGUGAAGCCAAAUGAGAACUGGGAUCACGUGACCCCAUCGGUUGGACUCGUGAGGAGGCGCAAAAAUAAGCUCACCAACGAUCG